ACAAACCAGUUUCCGGCCGCGAAAUUUUAUAAAAAUAAGAAGUACACAAAAAAAAUAGGCCUGAAAAGUUUACAUCACCAAGAUAUUGAAAUUUUCUAUCUCUGAAAUUUUGCACCACCUACUUUACGGCCUGCACCAAAGGCGAAAAUAAUGGAUAAGCAUCGGAUGUCGUACCGGCGACCUUCGUGGUCGCCAUUAUAGUUGUUUUGGUUGUAGCCUCGCUGGGUUUCGUUCAUGCAAACGACGAUGCACAACACUGUAUGAUGAGUUGCAAAACUAGAAACGGGAAAGGAUGCAUUGGUCGACUUUACCAGCUUUCCGAGGAGCUUAGUCGUGUCGCUAAGUUGCCGGUAGGUUCGCAUGUUUGGGAUACGUUACGAAGAAGCAACUUGCGCUGCUCAUGUCCCAUGCACGAUAAACAACAGCCCUCACUCACGUCUGAACAAGCAACCUAUUCCAAGUCGUUUUUAUCCGGUAUUUGACGAAAUUGGGCUAACAGUGGCAGAAUACCAGCCUGGUACUCGGUGGUGUUACCGGUGCAAGUUGCUCGCCUAUAAGAAAUUUGAAAGCCGUCCUCAAACAAGUAGAAAACUAGUCGAGGAAAAAGCAAAUAGUAGUACAUCCGCCAUCAGCACAGAACAACAACUACAAAAGAUAUUUCAGUUUACGGGAUCCCCUAUUCUACACCUCCAUGAAAGUAUGCAAGAUAUAUCUAUGUCAGCACCUACCAUAUCCCAACUGGAUCAAACAAAGCAACAAUUUGGAAGGCUGUUUUCAAGACUUGAAGCUCUAGCAGACAUAUGUGACAUUCAUCUCCUGGAAACAUGGAAAGAGCUGCAAACUCCCCUAGGUACCAUCAAAAUUGCCCCAAAUGGCAACGUGUUAAUGGAUAGUCAAGUAUGGGACCAAAUAAAGACAACAAUCAAAGAAUUGGAUGAAUUGGAUGAAGGUAAUUCACUGGGCCAACUAGUGCAACAAUUUCAGAUGGCUCUAUACCAUCAUGCCCUCAGUAGUGAAGCUCCAUUAUAUGAGCCAGCAGCAAUGAAAGCGUUCACACAAAAACACUCUCCAGGUCUGUUUGAAAUGCUUUUAAGUUCAAUAACAAGGGAGGACUCCAGACUCUCAGAUGAACAUCAAGCUGUACAGGAGCAAAGAACUGUUGUUCUCCUUCACACACUGGCAUAUUUCAGGUCUCAGAAAACUUCCACCCUACAAAAGGAUGAAGGGCUAUUCCUACAACAUCAUGGUGCUUCUAGGACAGCAAUCAAUUCAGGAAGGAUACUUGGUUUCAGUACAAGUCCUAGAAAUAUUGAUUCUCACAAGAAAGCACUAAUAACAAAAUAUCCAGACAUACUGAUGAGAAAGGUUAUCCUGGCAACAGAGAAAGGAUUCCUAAUUGUACAACUGUUGGAUGACUUCCAUAAUAUUUUGACUGUUAGACUACCAACAAAUCUGAAGCUAUCAUUAGCUACGCACAUGGCUAGUGGCCUACUGGACAUCCAUCCUUCAAUUCCUGCUGUUCCUAUUCCUACAAGAGAUACAAGACACAGCCGAGUGAUUGUGAAGAUAGGGAAUGAAAAUAAAAUUUGCAGAGGAGGAAUUGUUCUAGACUACAUAAAAGAGUUGUUUCAAAGACCAGUGUUAUCAAAAAUGUACUUGGAAACAAAUCACCAAUGCAUUUCACCAAAAUACAUCCAACAACAACUAAAGGAAUUGAGGGUCUAUUCUGGGUUGUCGCACGAUGAGCUCUGUACCCUUGAGUCUACUAAUUUAAUAGAUGAGUUUGAGCUAUCUUUGAAAAGUGUGGAGGACUAUAAAUCAGCCAUUGAUCACAUAUUCCUGUGCUGUCCACAACUGGAACUACAAAAAAAUUUGUAGUACCAGCACCCGGGGACUGGCCAACUUGGUUUUAUCAAAAGAAACUCAUUGCUCAAGAAGUCAAUGCAGAUGCCAGUUUCCUAUCAGUCAUCCCAGAGCAGGGCCCAUUUCAUGUUUUCCUGAAUCUACAAGAAGAUGUUGUAAAAAUUUAUGACUUCUUAUUUAAAAAAGUGUACAAAGAGACAUUUGGAUCUGACUUACCCAACAAGCCAAAGCCUUUUCGCGUCAGCCUGGUAAUAACUGCUGUUUUUCAGGCGUGGGGCAAAUUACGUGAUAAAGUUCUCCUAAAAUUCAAGCUCUGCAAAGACAUAGAGUAUGCUUCCAUUCUGUUUCUUUUAGAUGAGGUGGUUCCCAUAUCAUUCUUCCACUAUCCUGUUACAUUCAGGUCUGGAGACAUGGAAUCAUAUAUAACAAUGAUGUUAAAGUUAUCUCUACUGUUUAUAAUCUGGAAAAGGCAUCAUUAUGACAGAUCAACACUCUCGAUGCUUAGUGACUUUUCUUUUCACAAACAACAUUUUUCACAGUACCAUGAACUUAAAAAGAAAUGGAUGGCUCUAAUAACAGAAAAGAAAGUUGAAAUCUGGCAUAGUGUGCUACGCAGCUUCAUUUCAAGUUAUGACAGUGCUAGUCAAAUUAGGGACAAAGCCCUGUCAUUUGCUGCAUCAAAGACAGAACAGCUCUUUCAUAACUAUUUAACAACACCAUACAGUAGAGGUUAUUCUGAAAAAGACCUAAGUUUGGUGACUGGUACAGCUGCUGAUGCAAUACUGAAAAUCAUCAAGCAAGUUGGUCAAAAUCUGGGAAAAGCAAAGCAGGUUCCACAAGAAACAAAUGCAAGAGGGCAGCCUAAAGGAGACAUGAAAUUUUUUCUUCCUACCUUUGACCUCAUCAGGUUCUCUUUUAGACCUCAAAACACGUCGAAGGUAUAAACACUACAGAAAAACAUUUAUUUGCAUAUUUUGAGUUUUUGUUGAACUACAGGCAUAAUGUCUGAUAUUCUCUGCUUUUCUCGUAUAAUACAGAGAAAUUCAUUCAAAAAAGUUAAAUUUAGAGUUCGUUUAGUUGUAAAACUGGAACCAGCAUUAUUGUUCUUGUUCAUAUUGUAUCUAGAUGACUGUGUACAAUGGUCUUGCUGAUAUUCAACUCAUAUUGAUCAUAUUGUAAAAGCCAAAAUCUAGUUAUUGGUCAACCAAGACCAUCCAUGAUAUAUUGUUUCUAAUCAACAAACAUUUCACAAUUAUAUUACAAAAUAGAGUGAAAGUACAGACAAAUAUUAUUUUAAAGGGAUUUUAUUGAAUAUAUUUUUAUAUAAGAUGUUACUGUUCAUAUUAUAACUAUAUCAAUAUUUUUGAAAAGCCACAAAAAUUGUAUUCACGUUAUAUAUUUAUAUUGAAGUGGAAAUAAAAUGUUUAUAUUUUGCAAAA